UGCCAGUGUCGACGUGGACGACGAUGCGCUCAAUACGCUCAUGGAAGACUAUAUCCGUGUCACCCAUCUUCAACAGUCUCUCAAGAAGAAGAUUAAAGCCGCAUUGAAGAGGCGUGAGGAGGUAGCAAAGGAGAAGGAGCAACAGGCGUAUGAGUCCUGGCUACAGAGUCAGGCAGAAAGGCAAGCGUUGAAGAAGGAAAGCAUUUCCCUGAAAGAAAAGAUGAAGAAGGUUCAGUCUGAUGAAUGGUAUUUGCCUUUCGUUUCUCUUGGGUAG